CUCAGGUCGCUGCUGUCUCUGAGGGAAAACUUUGGAAAGUUCCCGUUUCUCAGCCUGGAUUCACUCAUUUUCAUCAAUGGACAGAGGCUUUUCCCCGGCAGACACAGUUACAUCCUGAACACUCCACACACAGUGCUGGGUGCACUCCCUGGAGUCUGCAGGGGGAUGGAGCAACGAGGAGGAGGAGGAGGAGCAGAGAGCCCCAGCCUACGGGACAGCGCCAGCCCGGAGGAGAGGGGGGAGAGAGAUGAGAGCCCGACCCUGUGUGGCCCCCAGACAGGCAAAAUGAGCUGUCUGGAGGUCAACGGCAGCGUCACAGGGCCACGGAGCAGACUCAACGGCACACCACUGAGACCACUAGGAGGCCUGAUGAUCCCUGUCUACUGCGUGGUGGAACACGCAGACAUGGGCGUGGCUGGUGACGCUGAGGGGCGUGGUGACCGGCAUGCUGAGUUUGUAUUGGUUCGUAAGGACGUCCUCUUCACGCAGCUGGUGGAGACGGCGCUGGUCGCCCUGGGAUACUCACACAGCUCAGCGGUACAGGCACGAGGCAUCAUUAAAGUGGGCCGCUGGAAGCCAAUGCCUAUCCACUACCUGACUGAUGCCCCAGAGGCCACGGUGGCUGACAUGCUGCUGGACGUGUACCACAUGGUCACCCUGCGUAUUCUGCUGCACAGCUUUGCCAGGCUGGAGGACUUGCCGUCAGAGCAGUGGAGCCACGCCACAGUGAGGAACGCCCUCAAAGAACUGCUUCGGGAGAUGAACCAGAGCGCUCUGGCCAAGGAAUGUCCUCUCUCUCAGAGUAUGAUAUCAGCAAUAGUGAAUAGCUCCUACUAUGCCAAUGUCUCCACUUCUAAAUGCCAGGAGUUUGGGCGCUGGUACAAGAGGUACAAACGCAUCAGAGGUGAAUACCUUGAAAAGAUGUGGUCAGCACGGGAUAAAUCCGAUAUAAAAGUGGAGAGGGAUAUAGACAUGAGUAUCCACGGCCACCGUCCUACCUCUCUUUUACCCUCUCCUACCCAUCUGGGCACUCUGGGUGGCCCAGGACCUCUGAUCAAGACUGGCCUCGGGGACCCCCAGACCCCCACCCAGCCUCACCCUCUGCCCCACCACCCCAGCCCUCCACUGCGUGCCCAGGCUCCACCGUCCGCCCCGCCCAGCUCCCUUCCACCCUUGCUGGGCCACAGCGGGCUGCUCUCCCCCCAGCUCUCUCCCCAGCUCGUGCGUCAGCAGCUAGCCAUGGCCCACCUCAUCAACCAGCAGCUCGCUGUCAGCCGGCUGCUAGCCCACCAGCACCCGCAGGGAGUCAACCAGCAGUUCCUCAACCACCCACCCAUCUCCCGGGCCUGCAAGGUUCCAGGUGGUGCCAUGGAGCCCGGCCUCAAGCCCUCAGCCACUGAGGUCUCCUCCGACAUCUACCAGCAAGUCAGGGAUGAGCUGAAGAGGGCCAGCGUCUCCCAGGCUGUGUUCGCCCGUGUGGCUUUUAAUCGCACCCAGGGCCUGCUAUCGGAAAUCCUUCGAAAGGAGGAGGAUCCUCGCUCAGCCUCCCAGUCCCUGCUGGUCAACCUGAAGGCCAUGCAGAACUUCCUCAACCUGCCGGAGGACGAGCGAGACCGCAUUUAUCAGGAGGAGAGAGAGAGGACCACCAACCCCAACCACAACCACUCCAACAACCACAUCUCUACCUCCACCAUGCAGAGACACACGCAGACUAAGUCCAGCCUGGGCGGUGGAGAGCUGCCGGUGAAGUUGGAGUCCUUGGUGAACAUCACCUCAGGGAUCUAUGAGGAGAUCCAACAGGAGAUGAAGAGGGCCAAGGUGUCGCAGGCUCUCUUUGCCAAAGUGGCCGCCAACAAAAGCCAGGGCUGGCUAUGCGAGCUGCUGAGGUGGAAGGAAAGUCCCAGCCCUGAGAACCGGACCCUGUGGGAGAACCUGUGCACCAUCAGGAGGUUCCUGGCGUUACCGCAGUCCGACCGAGACCUGGUCUACGAAGAGGAGUCGAGACAGCAGCACAGCGAGAGGCUCCACACCGUCCUCCACCUUCCAGACCAGCAGAUCCAGACACUCCACAGACAGCCCCUGCCACCACUGAAGGAUCCAUCCCCAACACAUGAGGACCCACAGCCCACCCCUUUACCUGGCUUACGAUGCUCAGAUGAUGGACUUCAGCGUGGGCUGAGCCCCGGCCCUGGAGCUGGGGCUGGGGCUGGAGCUGGGGCUGGAAGCGGAGGAGCGAAGAAGGCCCGGUCACGGACACGAAUCUCCCUGGAGGCACUGGGCAUACUGCAGAGCUUCAUUGGUGACGUGGGCCUUUACCCGGACCAGGAGGCCAUCCACACCCUGUCUGCCCAGCUGGAUCUGCCCAAGCACACCAUUGUCAAGUUUUUCCAGAACCAGCGCUACCAUGUCAAACACCAUAGCCAGGUUAGGGAGCCCGUCCUCGGGGAAGAGGGCAGGGAGAGCCUGGGUCUCAGCGAGGGGGGCUCCAUCGAGAGCCGAGGCGACGAGGGGCUCUCAGGGUCCGAGGAGUCCAGCGAGGACGGGAGAAGAUCGGUGGAGAUAUUCAGAACAGAGGGAGGAGAUGGACGAGAAGGUGAAGGAGGAGAAGGAAGUGGAGCAAGAGGUGGAGAUGGAGAGGAGGAGAUGGAGGUGGAGAAGGAGGAGGGGGAGGAUGGGAAAGCCUCAGCCCCAGGGACCUCCUCCCUGUCCCCCUACAGCAGCCUGGACAGCCCCCCCUCUGCAGAGCAGCAGAGAUAACAGAAGAGAAAUAAGAGGAAAUAAAACAGAGGAAAUAACUGGAUGGAAGUAAAGGACCAUAUGGCAUUGAGAAGCACAUUCACCCACAACAUCUAUGUCACCCUGUUGUGAAGAAACACACACACAUGCACACACACACAUAUAUAGCAUAAUCAUUGUCUUAUUUAUUGUUUUGAAGGCCAAUGCUGAUAAUUCUUUUUUAAUUGAAGCUGCUAGUAGCCAACAGGCCAAAAAUUCAAAGUAUUUAGUGUUUCCCCAGCACUGUAUU